AUGUGGUGUCUAUUCGCUCUGCUUGCUGUACGCCUGACAAACCCCCUUUAUUUUGCCCGAAAGCUCACCGAGUACUUUUUCCCAGGUCGCAAGUGGUUUGACUGUGCCGAAUGUCACCAAGAACAGGAAACGCAUGCGCUGCAGAAGGCGCAAGAAAUGGUAUUCGCGUGCAAGAAAUGCAAGAAAUGUUUCCGUAAAGAUGCCGCCGAAUUCGAAGAGAAUGACGAGUACUGCCCGCACUGCGAUAAUCACUUCGUCCUCGAAGCCAUAACACCGAUAGCCGAAUUGAAGGUGGAGGGUGAGGAUGCACGCAUGGAUAGCCGAAUGCUCAAGGACGACCGCGUGCGCGCCGAUCAGGAAAAAUCCAUUUUCACCUUCCGCGAUAUCUCCGAUCGUCUUGGCUAG